AUGCUGAAGAAAAAAAACCCGGUAUCGACGCACCCGGCCCCUGCAAACAUUCCAUUGCAUCACGUGCACCACGACAUGGACUUGUCCAAAGAAUCCUUCCACGAGAUUUUUCUGCAAGUCAUGGCGGAAUACCCUGACGACGACGACAGACAUAUUGACGCCCCCACGCAGGAUACACGACGUUCCUCUGACUCUAACACUACCUCACCGCUCCCAUCCGACGUCGUGGUCGGACGGCGCCCAUCGUGUGGUUCCGUCCUGCCGGAGAUUCUCCGUGCCCACGCGGAAGCCUACACUGCAACGGCCCGAACCUCACACCAUUGA